AUGGGAGUAGUUCGUAAAAUGGAUUACAAUCCAUCGGUUCGCCCAAGACGUCCUGUUCGUAACAACAACAAUUACCAUGAGGACGAUGAAGAAGAAGAAGAAGACGAUGAUGAAUAUCAACAUGGAUAUUAUAGGGUUUCCGGAGGUGGAAUUGAUACAGGUGAAUCUUCUAGGCGUCACCAGAAGAAGCGAAGAUUAGAUAAUUUGGUUUCAAAUUAUGAAUUCGCCCCUCGUACCAAUGCUAAUCCUUCUAAAGAAGCUUAUGGUGGUGUUCCUGAUAGGUCAGGGGAUGAAUGGAGUGAAAAUGCAACUUUUGUGUUGUUAGAAGUGUGGGGCGAUAGGUAUUUGCAGUUAGGGAGGAAGAGUUUAAGGGGAGAUGAUUGGGUUGAGGUUGCUGAAAAGGUUUCAGAGAUGUGUAAAAUGGAAAUCAAUGAAACACAAUGUAGGAACAGGUUGGAGACAUUGAAGAAGAAGUAUAAGAAAGAGAAAGCAAAAAUGGAGGAUAUGGGAAUGGGUGGAAGAGGAUCAGAAGGGUAUCAUGGGAAAUGGGGAUUCUUUAAACGAAUGGAUAUGUUAUUAUCUCCAAAGAAACAACACAAUGGUUUGCCUUGUGGGGUUGAUUCAGGGGAAUAUGUGUUUAUGAAUACCAAAGUUUAUUUAAAUCAAUCAAAUGCCUUGGAUGAGAUGAGGGAUAGCCCUGGGGAAUCAGAGUCUGAUGAAGAUGAUUCUGAUGACAGGAAAGAUGAUGAUGGAUUUAGAUUGUUGGCUGAAUCUGUUCAGAAUUUUGGGGAGAUUUAUGAGAAGAUCGAAGUGGAUAACCAGUGGCAAAAGGAUAGAUGAAAACCGAAGGUGUUACAUAUGAAGUCUUGAUCAUUUCUUCCUUCUUUCUUCCUUAUCUAGGAAUAAGAGAGGGAGGUUAGCAUGUUUUAUUGAUUGUAUUUUGACUUGAAGCUAUUAUGUGUCUCAAGUAAUAAUAUAAUGUUAUCCACAUUUUUAAUAAGCCCAAA